AUGUGUGCCCAUUCGCACACAUGCGGGUACACGGGCGCACUGAACCAGCUGCUCGCAGAACCGAGUCUGUCUCGCUCCACUGCUGCUGCUAAUGAUGAUGGUGAUGGUGUUGAUGAUGAAGCCAGAAACACUCUUCCUCUUUAUGCUGGCCUCAAGUUCUGUGCCAGCCGGAACACAGACCGAAUCCAUCUUUACACCAAGGACGAUGUGCCGCUGAACUGUAACUUUGUCCCCCUGGACAUCACGCUGGACAACUGGGACGACCUGCCCCAGGCCCUCAGCCAGCACCCGGAGAACAAAAUCCAGGUGCUGCGCUUCGUCCAGCAGUGGAGCGGCCUGGCGGCCAUGAAGCAGCGGCUGCUCCGCCGCAGCGGCCUCCUCUUCCACAGCCCCAGCCUGGGCCUGGAGCAGCUCAGCGCCUCUCAGCGCCCACACUCCAGCACCAACAGGUACCUCAGCAAAAAGGAGGUGGCCGAGGCGUCAAUCAGAAAGGCCCAGACGGACGGCGGCUCAGUUCGUUUGGUCACCAGAGAGAAUUUCUUCAACAAGAGGAGGUCUGCUCCCUCACUACCACCACCUGACCUGGAGAGGUAA